UUUUUUGUCUUGACCAAGAUUAUUUUGAUAUUGAGUUCGAAAUAGAAUAAAUAAGAAAGAAAAAAACACCGAAGGUGUUCACUGGCCCCGCCCACUUCUGAGUGACGCAAACAGCAACAUGAGGUCAGAGUGACGCUCCCGCGCAUGCGCGCUAAGCAGACGCAGUCGAGUCACUUGGUGAAAAGUGGCUAAAGACAAAGGACACAACUCCCCUGCGAGAAGGAACAGAGCCUAGUUUCAUCCCCUCAGAGCGGCGUGCCACAUUUGCGUGUGUGACGGCAGAGAUUUGCUUUUGGACACCCCGGCCCUUUUCCAGUGGAAGUUUGGCCGCCUCGCGAUGGAACAAAAAGCCCGACUGAGGAUGGAGGAAGUCACACUCAUCUCUCGUCUUUAAGAAAGGUCUCUUAGUGCCCUGCCUAUGUCCCCUUUCCAAGAUAAACCCAAUUUAAACCCUCACCUUCCCUGCAAUAGUCCACAAACACAAAAGCGCCUCUCUUCCGAGCGGCUGAGAGGUUACCAUGGCGAUGGUUGUCAUGAUGCAGAUUUAGCUUCCUGAAGGUGGUGGCCAACGACCCGAGAUGGGCAGCACUCCGUAUCCAGGCGGGGAGUGGAAGGGGAAAGGCAAAGGAAGCCUCCAGGACUUGGGGUGCAUGCCUUGGAAGGUCAGCAAGCAGAAAACUGGUGGAGGGGAAGUAGUUAGAGCAGAGAAGCGAGAGCUUUCAUCCUCCUCGUCCUCACUCACGGCGCCGCCACUUCUUCAAACUUCACCUACGCGUCCGGCUAUUUACCAUGAGAAGCAGCGGCGGGAGUUGUGCGCCCUGCAUGCGCUCAAUAACGUCUUCCAGGACGGUUCGGCCUUCAGCAGGGACACGUUACAGGAGAUCUACCAGAGGCUUUCUCCCAGCACUCUGGUGGCGUCUCACAAGAAGAGCAUGCUAGGAAACGGUAACUACGACGUGAAUGUCAUCAUGGCUGCCCUGCAGACGCGAGGCUUCGAGGCAGUUUGGUGGGAUAAAAGAAGGGACGUCGGCAGCAUUGAGCUGUCCAACGUGACCGGCUUCAUUCUCAACGUUCCGUCCAAUCUCCGCUGGGGACCACUACAGCUGCCGCUCAAACGCCAGCACUGGAUUGGGGUGAGAGAAGUCGCAGGGGUCUACUACAACCUGGACUCCAAGCUGCGUGGCCCUCAACCAAUCGGGAGUCCAGAUGAUCUCAGUUCCUGCGCCAGCAGCUCCGAGGGAAGAACUGUGAACUUCUGUUGGUGGUGUCUGAGGAAGUGGAAGCGCAACAAACAUGGCGCUCUGACAGCUGAGGACUAAAGCAGCCAAUCACAUCCUGGGUUUGAGAUUCAUUUGAGUGAGGGCCUUUUGCUUCCUUUUGGAAUUUUUUUUUUUUUUUUUUUUUGAGAGGUGGAGGAGUUUGUUUACACCAUUAAUGGCAGGAUUCUCCUCACUGGAUGCAAAGCAAUGAAAUAAACUUUCCAGGGAGGAUUUAAGAGUUAUUUACAUCAAGGAAGAUUAUUCAAUUUCUGCUCUUCUUGAGUUUUUUAUACAACAUAUCUUGAUUUGUGAUCUGCUGGUUUAUAUAUUUUGUUUACUUUUUUACUCUUCAAGUCUCCAAAGUGGUCGGAGUACUCUUGAAGAUAAUUAUGUCUCUCCUUUAUCAGAGGGUAUUGUUUAUUUGCCGAUCCUUCACUUUCACCAAAGCGUGCCCUUCUUCAUUUUGUUGUGAUGACGUCUCACUCCUUUAUGUCAGAGGUCACUUUUUGUGUUGCAGCCACAGGAACAGAGUGAGCCUUUACCCCACAAUCUUGUUUUUGGGGGUGUGGGGGGCAAAACCACUCCUGCUCUCCCUCUAGUGGAUGCGUGCUGUAGUUGCAGCUUUUUUACCCCCUCUUCAAACUGUAGUAGUGGUCAAAGAAAUACUGAAAUACUACAUGUAUUUACUACAGUGGCUGAUGCAGGAAAAAGUACAAAUGCAGCUGGAAAAUGCUACAAUCACAUAAAUGGUGCAGGAUUAAAAAGAAAAAUUAUGCAGAUGCCAUAAACAAACACAAACCUCAGAAACAACAACAUGGGAUAAAUGCUGUAAUUUAACAGAACGAAGUGGAUGUUAGCCAACAAGACGUAAGAUUUAGUAUUGUAGAGCAACUGAUUUUUAUUUAGUUGAGAUGAUUUCAGCAAUGUUUUGUUUUUUUCUAGGCAUCCCACAAAUGCAGUGGUUCUCAAAUGUUUUUCACCAAAUUCCAUUUCAGAAAAAUCUUGGCACCACCACAAUGACCAAUAUUGAAAUACAGUCGCAUACUCAGCCUAAGCAGUCAUUAAAAACAAGGCAGAGGUUUUAUUUAAUAAGUAUAUUUAAUAUUUUUGGCCACUGUAAGAUAACACGACCAUAAACGAUGUUACUCCAUAUACAGUACACAUUUACAGACAUCUUUGGCGUACUACUAGAUGGAACCCACGUACGUACCACAGUUUGAGAACCACUACGCUAAUGUCUUAAUAAAAACGGCUAACAUCUGUUUUGGCCUGUGAACUUGCAGCAUUUCUCUCAUGCACUUGUUUUGGGUUUUGUAGUGUUUUUUUAUUUUUUACAAAAUUGUUUACAUCCUGCAUUGCUUAUGCCAUCACAGCAUUUCCCCGAUGCAUGUGUUUUUUUGGUUUGGAUUAUGCCCCUGUCAUCCACUCUAAUGGACUGCCCCUAAAUGACAGUCUAUGAUGGAAAGAAUAAUUUCAGCAAACCAUGCCCAUGUUGCACAAUUCAUUUUCAUGCACAAAACAAUCGCAGUGUGACGUGUAUAAGCUAUCUUUUUGUGUGCGUAAUAGUGUAUUGAACGAGUCCGAUUCUAUCGCUUGUAGCUUCAGCGAGUUCAAAGUUCAACCGGCAGUCAGGUUACUCUUCAGGCAGUGGAUAAAAAGCCAAUUUAUCUUCAUCAGGCGGCUCUCAAUGGACCUUUUGGGGGUUUUUUGCUCAAUUUAAGUUGAGUCCAAACCCUUAAGUCACAGUGUUUGGUCUUUUUACAUUUGUUUUCCUAGUGAUCCUUGGUGUUAAAACAGUGAGGAGGAUAUAGGUAUAUAAUGAUAAACAAUGAUGUGUGUGUGUGUGUGUGUGUGUGUGUGUGUGUGUGUGUGUGUGUGUGUAUAUAUAUAUAUGCUGUGUAUAUACAUAUAUAGGUGUAUACUGUAUGUGUAUAUAUGUAUAUAUACAUAUAUAAAUAUAUAUGUACGUAUGUAUGUAUAUAUAAUAUAUAUAUAUACACACAUUUUUCCAUAAUCUAAGGAUAUCCAUGCCUUUUCUAAGAUCACUAGGCGUCAAUCUAAUAUUACAAUUACCAUAUUUUGCCACAUGAGAUGAUGCAAACUACAACCACGGGAAUAAACCCUUGAUUAAGUAAAUAUCACAUCUAAGUAAAGUUGGAGAGUGUAUAAUGUUGGAUGUCAUGAUAUUGUGUAAUGGAUAAUACAAAUUGCAUAUAUGACAUGUUGGAUUUCAUCAAAAUUCCACCAAACUUUUAAGCUGGGGGUGUCCAAACUACAUAAUUGAUCAUUAAUACAGAGAAUUUGAAGGAUGAAGGGUCUACCUUGAUACAUUUUGUACAAUAAAUAUACUAAAACCAAUAUAAUGUAAGUCAGGGUUAUUAAACUGUCGACUGGAGGGGACCAUAUUGCCCCUGGUAUUUAACUUGAAAACAUGUUUGCAGAAAAUUUGUUAGAGUGGUCCUGUUGUAUGGAGGAACUUGGACCUCUGCAAACACACUGGUAGAUCCUUGCAUUGACAUUUUAACCUUGCUAGCGCGCAUAAAAUACUGUGGUCCAAACUUGUGAUUUACUUAACUGAGAGUUCCUCAAGGCACCCCUUGAAGUUCUCUCUUACACACUUUUUUUUUGGUAAUGUGAUUUGCGAAACUAAGGUGAUGCUGUAGAUAUUUUUUACUUUAGUUAUACCAAUGCGUUGCUCAUGGUUGCGUUUUAAGUCCACUCCUUUUCAUCAUUUGGGCUAUUCUAUUCAACUGGUGUUCAGUUUAAAAAAAUUGUGAGGGACUCACAUUUUUGCUGCAGAUUCUUAAAAACACAAAAGUGCUGCCUUAGAUAUGAUCUUUGACUAGCUUUUUUGCACGAGGUCCUUAAAAACGGCAUAGCGCUCCUGUAACUCUGACCAAAUAAAUAGACUAAAAUCAACUGUACUGUAGAGGAUGGUGGUUCUCCAGAAUAUACAAAUGAGAAAUAAUAGCAAAAGGAGAAGUCCGGCCCCCUGGUCCUUAAAAAUUAGUUGAAUACCUUUAGCGUAGGUCAAUCAAUAUAUGCCAAACUAUUUGACACAACCAUCCACAUGUUAGCUUAUAUGUUACAAUAGUAUUCUCCCAACUAAAACCUUUUUGAUGGCUUUUAGCAGACUGGAAAACGUACAUUUUACAAGAAAUUUGUGUGCAUAUUCAUUUGAAGGGACACACGAAAAUCAUCCAAAAACAUAAGGGUUCCAUUUUUGGGAGAGUUUGGUCCUUUGCAUUUUUCUUAGUUUUUAUGUCAUGUUCGAAUCUGGGAUGUGAUCAUUUUGUUUUAGAAAGUGUCACGGACCAAUAAAAAAUGUGCAGUGGGGCACAAAUGGCCCUCCGGGAAGUACUUUGGACCCCCCUGUUUUAAGUAGUCAGAGGUUUCAUUAUAAGACUUGUCAGAUGUCGUAUCAGUCCUGCGUUGUUGUCAAUUUCAUACCCACCCUGUCAAAGGGGGAUUUGUCAGCAAACAGGUGGUUAAUUCAAGUGACAUUCACAGCAGUGCACCUGUAGCGCUUUUGAACCUGCACACAACGUUUAUGGUAGGGGGGAUGUCGUGUCUUGUACUGUAACGUAGGCUGUAAUGUGCGGAGAGGGGAAAAGAAAAUGGGUUCAUGUGGUUGUAUUAUCGUGAAAUUAGCCUUAUGAGAGAUUUGCCGUUGUAGCUCUUGUUUCAAUGAUGUAUUGUCUUAUUUGUGACAAUAUUGGCCUUAAAUUGUUUACAUGAAAAAACGGUUUCACAUGUGUAUUCCAAAGCACUAAAGUAGACAAGCAGUCCAUUAAAGAGGUCUUCACUGAUUUUGUUACUUGCAAUGCUUUCAUUGAUAUUCAGUACAAUCACGUUAAUAUGUCAUGCUUCAAUGCCAAAAAUCAUGUUAUAAGUUUUCCAAAUGAAUAAAUCUAAAUUUUUGUUGCAUAGAA